GCCAGAACUCUGGAUCAGCAAAUAACAGUCCGAAGAAAAAAUAUACUUUGUCUGCAGAUGCACCAGUGUUUGUUCCAAAAUUUAGUCAGCAAUCUGAAUUUGAACCUGUACCAGUACCUGCACCAACGUUAUAUACCGAUGGCUCGAUACCCACACAGACAGAGAUUGAAGAAUUUGAGCGAUUCGCGGAACAAUCUCAACUUGGUGGUAUGGCAUACAUGGAAUCUGAUGAUCCCGUGGAAAUGUUCCGUGAUGCUGUUGUAACCUUAACGACGAAAGGAAAUGUUGAAGAGUACAUGAGACCUAUUACUGCAAAGUUGAAAAAUGGAAUAACGGAUAUGGCUGUCCUAAAUGAAAUGAUAGAUAUACUGUUUGAUCAUAGUAUUAAAGAGACUAACUUCAGCUAUACAGGUGCUCAAAUUUGCAAAUGUCUCGCCAAUGAACUGAAAACUCACCAUACAUUCAAUAACUUCAGAACACUUUUUCUAAAUAAAUGUAAAAGUGCCUAUGACAGUCGUGAUGCUUGGGUAGCUGAUCCAGCUAUGUUUACACAGCUCAGUAAUCUAUCCAUGUUGAUAGGCCAACUCUUCCUUGUCCUUGAGGUUGAAGGACCGAAUGGUGAGUUACAGAAGCUUGGGUUUCUACGACAGGCUAUCAGUGCACUUUUGUUGACGCUUCUUGCUGAUCCUACUGAUGAUAGACUCAAAACAGCUGCCACGUUACUCAAGUUGACUGGUUUUGAAAUAACAAAGAACUCACAUUUACCAGGUGACUUUGAGGAAAUAUAUACUAUCAUACGGAGUCUAGAAAGACAUCCAUCUUUAAAUAGGACUAGUCACUGCCUGAUCAACUCUGUGUUGAGUCGACUGGAGUACAACUGGGGUGUCCAACAGACGUCUUGACCGCAGUAAUGGAACAUUGUAACAUGACAUGCACAACUCUCUGGACUACAGAUAUAAAAAGGGAAGUGAUCACAUAUCGUUUAGUGAAAUUCAAAUGACGUUAUUGAAUUGUUUAGGGGCAUUAGUCUGUCUAUCUACAUCAAACUUUUAAGGAAGAGAUGUUGUGCAUAUUGUGUUUAAAAUAUCAAUAAUUUAAGGCCAAAAAAAAUAUUAAAAACAACAGACUUAAUGGGAAAUUUUCAGAGUCCUUGGCAAUCACAAAUUGUCUUGUUACGGGAUGUGUGAAAAAUUUCAUGGAUACUGGUCAGUGGGUAAAUUUCGUUAGGUCAAUGUCAUAGAACAUUUUUGUGUAAUAUGAUAUGUAACCAUCUUUUCUUGUAUUUGUUUCUUGUUAAGGAAAUAAUUUAAUUCUUUAUUUCAUGUGUUAUUGAAGCUUCUAAAGAUUUGUUUGCAAAUACAUAGACACUUUCUGAUUGAGAGGGACUCCAUAAUUUUCUCGGCCUUGCUGUAGAUUUGUCAGGGUGUGGUUGAGUACAUCGCAGCCUAAAGGAUCUCUUUUAUUGUUUUUUCUUUUUUUCAUGUAAAUACUGUUCAUUUGUUUUGAUUGAACACAGUCCACGGGAGAAUGUUAUUUUAAUACAUUGAUUACUAAAAAUUAAAAAGUACAAGUGCUGUCAAUAAUGAAAUAGUGCUUCUAUGGAAAUUUUAGGUUCGCCACUGAUUGAAUUGAAUAAAUGAUUAUAUUGGGGUAUUGGUAGUCUUUUAUUUAAUAUUUAAAUGUACCAUGUACAGUGAUAAAUAAAUACCUUGCAAUGAUUUAUACCUUGAAAAUGUUAACAAUGUAUGCCCUAAUUGUUUUAGAUUUUAAAAUCAAUUUGAUAAGGUUGAGCUCAAUUUAAAAAAUUUGGUCAGUAUGAUAUUUUGUCUGCCAAUGUACAUUUAACAAAGAAAAGUUAUCAAAAUUUUAACAAAACUAUACAAAAAAAUGUUGGUGUUAAAAAUUGUUAAAAUUUCUGUAGUUUUACUAUGAUGACAACCAAAAUCAUAUUUUCUUCAAACUUUAAGAUUAAAUAUAAUAUGUACAUAGCAAAGAAUGAAUGUCUUUUAAAGAAAUGAUAUAUACAAUUGUUUCUAUAGCCAGAGUUAAACCCAGUUCAAAAUCUAUGUUCAUACACAGCUUGUUAUUAUAUGUUUGCUACUCAAGCCUUUCCUUGUUGAAAGUUAACAUGCUAGUUAAUUAUAGACGAAAAAUAAAAACGGUGUAGGUUGUGGAUUGUUAAUUGGACAGAAUCAAUAUAUUUGCCAGUGCAAUUGAAUUGAACAUUUAUGUACCAGGCUUUAUGAAGACUUUUUUUUUAUAAAAAAGAAGAUGGAGGCUAUACCUUGACUUGGUAUUGGAACGACUUAAAUUAUUUGUGUUCUUUUUGUGAUAAGUUUGAUUCCAUGAUGUAUACAUAUACCAAUCUAUUUUGUCUGAAAUAAAAUUUUUUCCUGCGGAAAAAA